AUGGUUUUACUCGAAGCACACGAGAAAGAUUUACUUAAGAAGUGGAUUAUAGCUAAAGCAAAGGAAAUUAUAACAGAUGGUAUUGAUCCACAGAUCUUAGCUAACUAUUUAAUGAAUUUGAUUAACCGUGGUGUCCAAUAUCCAGAAAUGGUUUCAACAUUAGUCGAUAUUAUCGGAGAAGAUGAAGCCACAUUAUUAACAGAUAAGCUUCGUGAAUGUAUUGAAUCUGGUUCAUACAAAGAAAGCGAAAAACCAAAGGAACCAGCUCCACAACCAAAACCUGCUCCUAAAGAAGAAAAGAAGCCAUCAAAACCACAGCCAGUAGAACAAAAACCAAAGCCACAACCAAAGAAAUCCGAAGAAUCUAAGCCAGACUAUAAAAAGAAGGAAGAACCAAGGUACAGAUCAAGGGAUGAUGACAGACCAUACCAAAGGCCACAGAAAGAUGACAGAGAAAAGAAAGGAAAAUACGACAAAUACGAAGAUAGAGACAAAAAAGGAAAAUACGAUAAGUACGACAAACGCGAUAAGCAAGACAAACAGGAAAAGCAAAAAUACGAAAAACCUCAGAAGAAAGACUACAGAAAACGCUAUUCUAGUGACGAAGAAACCGAAUAUUCUGAUGAAGAAAAAGAUACUCAAAAGAGACAACUCAGCCUUGAAGAUGAGCCAGAGCUCAAGCCAAAAGCUAAGGCUGAGCGCUUUAUUAUCUUCGUAGCUGGUUUAAAUGAAGAAUAUAACUCGAUUGGUCGCAUUUUCAAGACAUUCUCAAAAUUUGGUCGAAUUGCAGGUAUCGAAGAAGACCAUGAAGAUGGUGUCUGUUUUAUCGAAUACUCAAAAUUAGCUUACGCUUACAGAGCAAUUAAGAAAGGCGCAAAGAUUACAGGAAACUCGUUCCUCAGAGUUGAUUGGGGAACACAUCCUAACCCAGAAGCAAUUGCUGCACUUGAAAAAGAAUUAGAACAAAAGAAAUUAAAUUGGGAAAAACAAAACGAAAUAAAGACAGAAAAGAAUAGUGUACUAGCUGAACUUAACACCCAACGUGACUUGAAAAUCAAACAAUACGCAGAAACUCCUGAUUCUAACAACGAUGAAAAAGAUAAAAUUGCUCAGGAAAUAUUAGAAAUUGAGAAGAUGAUAAAGGAAUGCGAACAAAUAGAAUAA